AUGUAUAAACACCUUCGGAAAUCUUCCAAGGUAGAACAGAAUGGAAUUUGCUUGGACUUGUUUGCCCGGACGCUGUCUUCCCUGAGGUGCAACUUUGUCAAGCCAGGAGGGAAGUUGUCCUCAUGGCUCUGCUUUCCAAUGCCUCAGCUAUUGGAGGUACCAGGGGAUGUGAACAAACUGGAACACAAAGAAGUUUUGGUUGGCUUGUUGUUCCUGGUUUUCCCAUUCAUCCCAGCCAGCAACCUCUUCUUCAGGGUGGGAUUUGUGGUGGCAGAGCGAGUCCUUUACAUGCCGAGUAUGGGGUACUGCAUCCUUUUUGUCCAUGGUCUAAAAAAGCUGUCUACAUGGUUAAAUAAGUGGAGAAUUGCUGUUCUGACCCUCUUUGCUUUACUGCUGCUGCUCUUCUCUUGGAAGACCGUGAAACAAAAUGAAAUCUGGCUGUCACGAGAAUCCCUCUUCAGCUCAGGAGUGAAGACCCUGCCCCACAACGCCAAGGUGCACUACAACUACGCCAAUUUUCUGAAGGACCAGGGCCGUAACAUUGAGGCGAUCUACCACUACAAAACUGCUCUCAAACUGUACCCUCGUCAUGCAAGUGCUCUCAACAACCUGGGGACAUUGACCAAAGACGUGGUGGAGGCAAAGGACUACUACAGACGGGCUCUUCAGUUAAACCCUCAGCACAAUCGAGCUCUCUUCAAUCUCGGCAACCUGCUCAAGUCCCAAGGGAAGAAGGAGGAAGCUGUGAUCUUACUGCGGGACUCCAUUAAGUACGGCCCUGAGUUUGCAGACGCGUACUCAAGCCUGGCCUCGCUGCUGGCCGAGCAGGAACGGCUUAAGGAAGCGGAGGAGGUCUAUAAGGCUGGCAUAGAGAAUUGUCCAGAGAGCUCCGAUCUGCAUAACAACUACGGUGUUUUCUUGGUUGAUACCGGGGCUCCUGAGCAAGCCGUGUCCCACUACAGGCAGGCCAUCCACCUGAGCCCCACUCACCACGUGGCCAUGGUGAACCUGGGCAGGCUUCACCGCUCCCUGGGGCAAAACAAAGAGGCUGAAGCGUGGUACAAGCGGGCACUGAAGGUAUCCCGGAAGGCUGAAAGCCUGUCCCCGCUGGGGGCUCUCUAUUACAACACGGGGAGGUAUGAAGAAGCGUUGCAGGUCUACAGAGAAGUGGCAUCACUGCAGCCUUCCAACAAAGAGACGCGACUGGCGCUGGCUCAGGUUCUAGCCAUGAUGGGGCGGACGAAGGAAGCCGAAAAGAUGACGAACCAUAUACUCAACGAGGAUGCGGAGUGUCUGGAGUGCUACCGCCUUCUGUCAGCCAUCCACAGCAAGCAGGAGCACUAUGCCAAGGCACUUGAAGCUAUAGAGAAAGCUCUUCAGCUAAAACCAAAGGAUCCAAAAGUCAUAUCAGAGCUCUUCUUCACUAAAGGAAACCAGCUAAGAGAACAGAAUCUCCUUGACAAGGCUUUUGAGAGCUAUAAACGGGCUGUGGAGCUCAACCCAGACCAAGCGCAGGCCUGGAUGAAUAUGGGAGGCAUUGAGCACAUCAAGGGGAGCUACGUCGCUGCCCGUGGCUACUAUGAGAAAGCCUUACAGCUGGUUCCAAACAGCAAGUUGCUGAAGGAGAAUCUGGCCAAACUGGAUCGCUUGGAGAAACGGUUUCAGGAAGUCCAGGAGAAAGACCAAACUUAGCAUUCAGUGACCAGUGGAAAGAAACUCAUGCCCCUUGGAGAAGUGUAUGGUGAAAGCCUAUUGCUCAAAGUGAUGCUGAAGGAACUUUCAUAGGACUCAGAAUUAUGGACGGCAAAUUUUGAAUGCAUGCUUAUGUUUGACCAAAGUUACAGGAGACACUUGGCUCCUGUGGGACGUGCUGGAGAGUGAAUGAAAACCUUCCUUUAAUCAAGAUUGAUGUUUAGGCUGAACCCAUUUUAAUCACACCAGGAGUGUGGGUGGGAGAUGUACCUUCAAUAUCUUGGUUAUCACUGGGGAAACCAUGGAGACAAAGCACUCAUCCAUUGCAGCAGGGGUGAAGUAGCACCUCCUGUUACUCAACACAGGCUCACCUCGUCCACAUAAAGUACCACUGAUGGGCUUCAUUGCAAGUGCUGCCGGGUCCUUCUGAGCCAGGAAAGAUGGUCAUAAUGGUCACACAAAAAGGUUUCAAGGGGUUAAUACUGAGGAAAUGGUGGCCACUUUUACAGCUCUAAAUGUGACUUGAAAAUUAUUCUGAAGAAAGGGAAAACGAUAUCUGAAUAUCACCCUAGAAGGACGAUUCUACAAGUAGGACAAAUGAUCCUUUGAGGGAAAACCUUACCUGAAUGUUUUACUCAUAAGAUAGUAAUUUUGUAGUAAUUCAGGUUCAUGAUGUCAGUAUCGUCAAAUAUCAUAUGGCUUUAUCCUUUGCCUUCCCCCUCCAGGCCAAAUAAUUAUUACUCUGAAAAAAAUGAAAGCAUCCAAAGGCAAUGGGAAGCUCUAGGAUUACUUGCCCUCCUGUCCAGUCCCCAG